CCAGCCUCACCCGAGGCUUGCAGCCACGACGAACUAUGGUGCUUCCACUGGGAAUUCCUGACUACAUACAUAGACGAGCCCAUUACCUAGGUAUUGUCCGUCUAGAAGGCCCGUGCUAGCUCUCUUCAAAUCCUUUCAGAAGGCCAUUAUCUAGUCAGAGCUACAUGACAGCCAGUUCCAUUGAAAGACCCAGAGUAAGCCGCCCAACACGGCUUGCCACUACGCUUCAUCCGCCCCUACGAAGGAUGGGUAAAGGGUCGACGGAGGAUCGGGGAAUCAACGUGGCAAGCCCGAAGGCCUCCUGGCUCCGAGGGCACGUUGUACCCUGUACAUCAUGCUGACACUCCCCUGUUGGUUGUUUGUAUGGACCGAUUGGUAGCCCCUUACCUCCCUUUCUGGUCGUGAUUCCUCUCUCUGAGAGCUUUCUCAAGGAAUAGCGUAAAGUGCCUCUCCGCUCCGGCCGUCCCAGGGGAGAAUAAAUUAGCAACUGCACCCCCCGGCCCUCGAGGUCGUAUUUCCUCGUUCUAUAUAGUUUGCAACCGAAUGACCAAGAUCUAAACAGUUGGUUUACUUGUCAAACCUUCACUAUGCCAUUCGGCGACUUCCAAAAGUCUUCAAAGGACAUUCAACUUCUCUCCGAACAUAUUCUGGCCGCUGAAUGUGAGGUCCCUGGGAGUGGCUAUAAUCAUAGCGAGAUGGAUCUCGACAAUUGUCUGGGUGAUGACAAUGGCAAUUUCCAGUGGGGAGGAAGGAACUUCCACAGCCACGCUCAUAACAUCAUAUUUCACCCUGACGAGGGCGUUGCCCAUGUGCCUGUCCUUCGGGCAGACCUUGACGGCGGAAGCAAGCAGAGUAAUGUGAACCUGGGCGAGAGAAUUGGCAAUGUCAACGGCCAUCUGGUGUUCAGGUGGUAAGUCUUCUUGUUAUGAAGCAUUGAAGAUUCCCUGAUGAUAUGUAGAAGAGGAGUGGAUCUCCUCCGCUCAUCUUGAUAUGCUGUGAUUCGGCUUCGGACUAAAAGUG